AUGGGAGAAGUCGACCGGAAGCAGUUGACCCCCACGGUCUCACAAGAUGUCGAGAAAUCGCGCACCCCCUCGAUCGACCCCGACGCCCUGAAGCUCGCAGAGAUGGGCUACACCCAGGACCUGAACAGAAACUUCAGCGUAUGGUCUGUCUUGGGUGUCGGCUUCUCGCUGACGAAUUCCUGGUUCGGUAUCUCGGCGGCCUUGAUCACGGGUAUCAACUCUGGUGGACCCAUCUUGAUCAUCUACGGCAUCAUCCUCAUCGCUUUGAUCUCGACCUGUGUUGGUGUCAGCCUCAGUGAGCUCGCGAGCGCGAUGCCCAAUGCUGGUGGCCAGUACUUUUGGGCGAACGAACUGGCACCCAAGAAGUUUACCAAGCUCGCCAGCUACCUGACCGGCUGGCUGGCUUGGUGGGGCUCCAUGUUCACGAGUGCGUCUGUGGCACUGGCCAUGGGUAGUGCCAUGGUGGGCUGCUAUCAACUGAACAAUCCUGACUUUGUCAUUAAGCCUUGGCAUGUCUUUCUUACCUAUCAGCUCUCCAACAUCUUUUGCUUCUUCUUCAAUUGCUACGGCAAAACGCUACCCACCGUUGCAAAGAUUACCCUCUGGACCUCACUCAUUUCAUUCGCCGUAAUCCUCAUCACCGUCCCUGCCGUUGCGCCUACCCACCAACAUGCCAGCUUUGUCUUCGCAACCUUCAUCAACAAUACGGGCUGGCAGCAAGGUGGAAUUGCCUUCAUCGUCGGCCUCGUCAAUACCAACUGGAGUUUUGCCUGUCUGGACUGCGCCACCCAUCUCGCGGAAGAAGUACACCAGCCCGAGAAGAUGAUCCCCAUCGCCAUCAUGGGUACCGUCGGCAUCGGCUUCAUCACCAGCUGGUUCUUCUCCAUGGCCAUGUUCUUCUCCAUUGUCGGCGACUUUGCAGACGUCGCUGCCUCGAGCACAGGCGUUCCCAUCCUCGAACUCUUCUACCAGGCCCUCAGCCACAAAGCCGGAGCCAUUGUCCUCGAGUCCCUCAUCAUCGCAACCGGUCUGGGCUGCUUGGUCGCUAGCCACACCUGGCAGAGCCGUCUCUGCUGGAGCUUCGCCCGCGAUCGCGGUCUCCCCGCUCACAAGUGGCUGUCCAAGGUAGACAAGAGGAUUGACAUUCCACUCAACGCGCACAUUGUCAGUUGCGUCAUCGUCGCCAUCAUGGGCUGCUUAUAUCUAGCUUCCUUGACGGCCUUCAACUCCAUGAUCACCGCAUGCAUCGUCCUCCUCUACUCCAGCUACUCCAUCCCCGUCAUCUGCCUCCUCAUCCGCGGCCGCAACAACAUCUCCCACGGCCCCUUCUGGCUCGGUCGCUUCGGCCUGUUCGCCAACAUCGUACUCCUCCUAUGGACCCUCUUCACCCUCGUCAUGUAUUCCUUUCCCUACGCCAAACCCGUAGCCGCCAGCAACAUGAACUACGUUUGCGUCGUCUACGCUAUUGUCGCCUUCAUUACGGGCAUGGACUGGAUUUUUCGCGGACGCAAGAGUUAUAGAGGAGCUGGGGAGCGCAAGGCUGAGGUUCAGCCCAUGCUUGUGCAUAGUGGCGCUGGAUCAUUGAGUGGAGAAAGGGGGACAAUUCACACCCUUGGGUCAACAGACUUGCGCGGUUUUCGCACGAGUUUUGCUUGGUCGAUUGGAUUCGCAUUCACAUUCGCAUUCGCAGUCAUCGCCAUCGCCAUCGCCAUCGCCAUCAUCAUCGUCAUCGCCACGUGGAAGAUUAUAUCCAUAUUUUUCGAGAUACCAUGA